UCAGUUAAACGUUGGCAUUCAAUAGAGCUACAAGCAGCAGAGCAAGAAGUAAUUUAUAUUAAACUAAAAUGCAGAUCCUCCCAAGUAUCGUCGUCAUGGCAGUAGCACUCUUCGGAGUUACAUUUGCAGGAUAUGUUCCACAUGGGCAUGCUUCCAGCUACGCCACAUUAGUGCAACACAACCAUGCUGCUCACGGGUAUGCCGGCCACGAUGAUUACCUGCAAUACGCCGGAGAUGGUCAAGGUCACUAUGAUCACCAUUACGAACACCAUGAACCUCAUCACUAUCCCAAAUACGAAUUCGAUUAUGGAGUAAAGGACGCACAUACUGGUGAUCAUAAAAGCCAAUGGGAGCAACGCGAUGGUGAUCAUGUCAAGGGCGGAUAUACUCUGGAUGAAGCUGACGGCACCACACGCGUUGUGGAAUACACUGCCGACGAUCACAACGGCUUCAACGCCGUUGUGAAGAAAAUCGGUCAUGCCCAACACCCUCAGGUAUACCAUCAUGGGGACAAUUAUCACGGCGGAUAUAGCUACGAUAAUGGCCAUCACGGCGAUAGUUAUGUGGAAAUCAAACAACACCACUAAAUGGAAGAAAUGAUUAAAACGGAAGA